AAGUAAUUGCUAUUUCGCAUAUACAUUUUUUUCUAGAUGUGUAAGAAUAUACUACAUUUGAGUACCUUACAGUACGGCCGCGAUUAAGUGUACACAGUUAAAGUCACUAUCACGCUCACUAAUACAUACGGCUACUGUAUUAUGCUAUAUAAAAACAUUCGACAACAAGUAGUACCAUACGAUGGUUAAUUACAAUAGGAAGACCCUAAAAACAAGUAACAUUGAUGUAAAACGUUAUAUUACAAGCAUUCGGCAAGUUUUAAGCAUCUAAAUAUCGUUCCACGAUGUAAUCUACUUUCGCUUUUGAGUCAGGAUCGGAUUCAUUUGGGUUGCGUUCAUUUGCAUAAUUUAUACAAGCCAUUUUUGCAUUCGCUAAGUUCCAGUUACCCAGAAUUCAUUUUGAUUUCACAGAAUGAUUAUUCAUGAGAGCUACGUCAUGCUUCCGACGCUAACCGUAUCCAAGCUCGUGUUCGCCCGUAAAUGUUCGGAUAUUUCACUGGAGAUAUAAAUGGAAUUAUUUGUGGCCACAAAAAAAUAAAAACGAGCAUUUUGUAUCUCGUUAAAUCAAUUCUACCAGACAACAUCUAACGUUGAAAUUUUGCAUUUUGCUAAAAGGAACAUUGAUUUGUUAUGGGUUAGCUUUAUUAAACGAAAUAUUCGAUAUUUUUGAGCGUGAUUGUUACUUUAACUACCAGCGGAUCUAAACAUAUAAUAGAUCUAGUAUACAAAUAAGCAUGUUGUUAUGAAGCAUUGAGUUUACUCGUGACCGUUAACGUUUAAGAGGUAUUUUGAUAAAUAGAUCUCAAUAAUUCAUUAUUAUUGAACAUUCGUAUAUCUAUAAUCUACUUUAUUUGUGUUUCAUCAAAUCAAAUUAACAACGAAUGCGCGUGGUGCCGUAAAGAUCAUGACGAUUAAACCAGCGAGUGCUCUUUAAUCGAUUAAGCCGCACGUGCUGUCACAUGCAAGAUUGGACUUAAAAACUUUAUCCUAUAUGUUUCGUGUUUAUUAGCGGGUAUGAAGAAUAAAUCAUAGGGCAAACAAAGUAAAUCGUUUCUACUUACAUCGCCAACAAGUAGCGUAGGUAGGUCGGUUUUAUUGUUUUGUUGUCAUUUUUUUUUAAUAAUUCGAUGAUCUAGUUUUGCACAAAUGAUCGUAAACAUUGUAGUUCUUUAAGAGAGUCUAGCAAAAUUGAUCGAAUAUUAAAUCUGGAAAUCACACAAAGAUAAGGGUCGCCACUAAAAAAUUACGUUCGGUCGGAUUAGUGGCAACAAAUUACUUUUUUUUUAACUUUUUAUGUAAAAGUGUUUGUAAAGUGGUGCGCUCAAUGUCUGACAUAUUUUAUAUUGAGAUAUUGUAUUUACUGGUAGCCCGUAAAUCACAUUCGAUUCUAAAGUAGUUGGUAGUUGCGUUCAUAGUAACGAACAUGAUUUCGAAUAAAAAAUGUAUUUCCUCUUUCGGUAAUGUAAUUUAUCUUUUGAACACGAAUGGAACUUCAAAGCAGAUUUGUUUAUGAUUUUGAAGUGUCAAUAAUGUAUAACUUCAUAACGGAUUAAAAUUGAUUAUUUAUUUAGUUUGCAAAUAAAGUGCAUUUUUCUGGGUUUUUUUUUUAAAUAAAGUUAGAUCUAACAUAUGAUGUACAACUAUGAACUAGAAGUUAAUUUGAAAUUCCACACCACAAUCGACUAAGUUGUAUGGAUAUACACGUUUGCAGUCUUAUUUUAUUGGAUUGUUAUAUUUUGUUAUAACGUUAUCUUUACUCCGAAAGUAUGUGAUUUGAAAUUGCUCUGAACAUCUGUGUGAAUUGAUAUCCGUCUGCUCUUUAAAAAGAUGAUCAUUACAUUUUUGCGUAUGCUAAUUUGGGGCGGCAAUGUCGGCCCUAACCGGAUUUUCGCUAGAAAUAUGUCUUUUACGCAAACAAACGGAAAGUGUCGUUAGGGAACUGCUCAUGUUGAUCUGGUUCGACACUAAGCGCACGUUCAUUAAGCCCCGUUUUCCCAUAUCGAGGCUCAUACACAUCUUAAGAGUAUAUAUAAAGCAAAGCUAUACCGGUAUGUCUAACAUUGUUAAAUAUCUCGUUCUCAGAACCCGGUUCGCUAUUCCGCCUGUAUGCGUUUGCCAUGCUAUGACGAAGAAUUGUCUUGAUGAAGAUCUCUAAAUUGAAUCCAGAAUAUCGCCACAAGUUCAUUUUCUCAGUGCAUAAAUCCCUAGGGCGUACGAUUUACGCGAAUAAUAUUGAGCGAGAUGUCAAGUCGUAUAUAGGAAAUAUCAAUUUCUUUAGUCUGUUGUUCGUGCGUGAAGUGAAUAUAUCAGGUUAGGCAACAUAUACUCGAUUGAUAAAUAGAAGCCUUUGUAUGUGUAUAUGAUAUGUUUACAUGCUAUAUUAUUUUGCUUAUUUGACUGUGUGUUGUGUUAAAUGGUAUUGGAAGACAAGUUAUAGCAAAAAAAGUCCAAUCGUUUCCAUGUACCAUCCCUACUGUGGGUAUCUGUACUAUAUUCACGUUUGAAGGUAAGAAUGAGACAACUUGCAUUAAGGAUUUUAAAAGUGUCGUUAUUUAAGACUGGAUUACGACAAUGUUAAAUUCCACGACAUGUAUUCAACAGGUUGGUGAGGAGAUUCCAUGAAUUGAGUCGCGUUCUGAGAAAACUGGGUUUAAUGCAUGGGCGUAAAGUGUCGUCCCAGAUCAGCCUGUGCAGUCCGCACAGGCUAAUCAGGGACGACACUCUCCGCCUAAUUUUGAUUUUUGCUAAGAGACUUCAUUUUAACGAAAAAUGUCAUAAAAGCGGAAAGUGUCGUCCCUGCAGUCCGCACAGGCUAAUCAGGGACGACACUUUACGCACAUGCAUUAUGCCCAGUUUUCUCAAAACACGACUCAAUUGUCAGGAUACUACUACUCUCGCGCUAGAUGCCUGUCGGCAAUAUGUCGAGGCUUUGUCAAGAAUGCCGUUGGCUACCACAUGUAGUUCAGUGGUGGAUUAUCACAAAAAUACGGGCGCACUGAAGCUCCCGUAUUAAAGUAUGCCGAUUAAAAACAUCGACGACGGUUCCGUUGAGACGUUGCGCGUGCUUGAAGUUGACGGAUACCUUACGCCGCUUUUUAAUGCGGUUCACCAGAAUCGACUUGAGGAAGAAUUCAGAAGCAUUCCAAACCGGCCACUCAAGCCAGACGAUGUAUUCAUUUGUGCCUACCCAAAAGCAGGUACCCACUGGCUAUGGGAAGUGUCGUCCAUGUUGGUAAACCAGUCUGCCGACAGAGUUAAAUUGAUUAAAGAGACUGCUAUGUUGGAGGCUCUUACUGAGGAGCAAUGCAGGAGCAUCCCGUCUCCCCGGGUCCUUAACACGCACAUAACCCUCCGUUUGAUGCCGAAAGACACUUUAUCCAACAAAACCAAGAUCGUGUUCGUCCAAAGGAACCCAAAGGACAUUUGCGUCUCAUUUUUUAAUCACCAUAGCAAAAUCGUUGAGUAUGAUUUCAACGGCAAGUUUGAGAACUACGUCAACCGGUUUCUGAAAGGACUAGUUGACUAUGGCUCGUGGUUCGAGUACACUCUUUAUUGGGAGAAAAUCAUUCGUGACAACCCAGAACAUCCGUUUCACAUCAUGAGCUACGAAGACAUGAAAUCGGACCCAAUCUCCGAAAUAGGUCGCCUUAGUGAGUUUCUGGGGUUUAAAUCGUCCCCGGAGCUGAUAGCGGAAAUUGCGGAAAAAUGUGAAUUUAGUGCAAUGAAGAAGGAAAAAGACCCACUGGAAAAUACAACGGACUGGAAAGAUGCAAAGCCAGAGAUGUACCGGAAAGGUCAAGUCGGUGACUGGAAGAACUGGUUCACAGUCGCACAGAGCGAGUAUUUUGACACCGUGUUCACUCAGAGAAUGAAAGACUCGUCAUUCACUUACAGAUUUUCUUAACCCGCUUUAACUGCUUAAAAAAAUGUUGUUUUGUUUCCGUUAAAAUCUACAAGAAUAGGAUUGGUAGGUCGGCUCUACUUUCGUUUGCGUACACUAAAAUGUAAGGAACGGAUUUAUUUACAACAAGCUAAUGCACUUGCAUGCAAACAUCUUCUACAUCGAUAUUUAACUUUUUUAUUUUAGUGACAUUCAAAUUGAUAUAAGCAAUCUUAUCGAAUGCAGGAGAAGUAUCGAAUACUUACAAUGUGUGGGAAUUUCAACCUGUAAUAAAAGUAUUAGUCGGUCGGGCCCUAUUUUGCGUCGGUCGGGUUAGUUAGUAGAAGCAAGCAUUAUUUCAAAGCAUAUAUAUACUAGUGUUAAGAUAGAGGCCUUUAUGAGAAAAGAGCAUAGUUGCAUGUCCUUCCAAGUCUUCCGCUUCGCUAUGGUGCUAAUGAUUAUGUAUACAAGUAUUUCUUUCGAAGUCAUUAACUUUCAAAGGGACCGUCAACCAAGAAUGACGAAAAAAGGAAAGUUCUAAAAUACCGUAUUUUUACACUUAUUAAUUUAUAUUGAUUAAAAUAUCACGACUGGUAUAUGACAUUACCUGAAAAAGUUCAUAUUUUCAGUAUAUUUGGUAAUACAAUUUCGCGAUGUGAAAUGGAAAGUACAUCGCGAAAAUAGGUGACAUAACGAUAUACACACUAUAAAUAACGCAAGUAGAUUGAUCAUUUUAUAUAUAAUAUAUACAAUUCACGCUUGCACAAUUUGCAUUCCUGGGUUUACCACAUGACGAUGAUGAUCAAUCUACUUGCGUUAUUUAUAGUUAACUGGUAGUUACCUGGGCCCUGUACCCAGUAAAAUGUAAUUCCGAAUAUACUGAAAAUAUGAAAACUAAACAACUUUUUUCAAGUAAUUUUAUAUACCAGUCGUGCUAUUCAAUCAAUAUAAACUAAUAAUUGAAAAAAAAAAUACGGUAUUUUAAAACUUUUCUUUUUUCGUCAUUCGUGGUUGACGGUCCCUUUAACAUAUGUAUGUACUGUUGCUGGCUGUGUUGACUGUUUGUGAUGUCAUGUAAAUGCAUUUUAUGAAUGAACUGAUUUUAAUAGAAGUAUUAUUAUAAUCAAAAAUUAUUAAGUUAACAUUAUUAAUGCACAAACUACGAGUGUGUCAAUUAUAUGCAAAUGCCAUUGUUUGUAACAUUUGAGACAACCGACUUUUGUACCUUUAUAAAGCACAAAUGUUCUCGGUAACGCUCUAUUAACCAGCCAGAAGCACUGGCUGUACUUCGAACCCUUAUUUCUUGUGUAAUGUUCUUGUUUAUCAGUAGCAUUACUCCAGAAGAGGUAUUAUUUCUUCAAUAUUUAGAAACAAUAUGUUCGUAAUAGUAUAUGUUUAAAAUCAUAAUAAACUGCUUUUACCAUAUUAUUUAACGUUUACUCGUCAAUCUGAAUGAAUUUAUAGAACAUAGUAUCGUAUUUUCGAAUUGUUUGGCAAUAAACCGAAUGAGCCAUU